AUGACAACAACAGGACCGCCAAAUCCUUCACCACUACCUGAAAAAAUGAUCAAUCCCAUUUUUCCUCCAACAUCUCAGUCAACUUCAAAUGGCAUUAGACCUCCAUCUUUUCCACCAAAUUCUUCUACACUUUCUGCUCAAUUUCCUCCUCAAAUAAAUGCUCCAAUUUUUCCACCAAAUAUUCAACCUCUAUCAAAUAUUAACAAUAUUAGAAUAAACUCAACAUCAUCGCCAUCACCAUCACCAUCAAAUACUCACAAUACAAACAUAAAUCCAAUUUCAUCUCCAGUUAAUGUGCUAAAUACACAAAUAAAUUCAACGUCAAUAUUACCGAAUUUUUCUAAUGCUAAUGGAAGUGCAAUUUCACCAGCAAAUAUUUCUAAUAUAAAAACAAAUUCAAUGCCAUCAUUACCAAACGUUUAUAAUUCAAGUAUAAAUCCAACUCCACCACCAAUAACAAAUUCGUCGAGUAUGCAUACAAGUCCAGCACCAUCAUCACCAAACGUUUAUAAUCCACAUAUAAAUCCAGCUCCACAAUUAUCUAGUGCUUUUAACAAUUAUGUUAAUCCAACACCAACACCACCAUUACCUAAUACUUUUAAUACCAAUCCAAUGAAUACAAAUUCGAUUUCAUCACAAAUGAAUACUUUUAAUACACAUGGAAAUCCAACUCCACCUCUAGUACCAUCUGGAUACAAUAUGAACACAAGUACAAAUUCACCAUUACAAACUACCUAUAAUACGAACCAAAAUUCAACUUCACCACCACUUUCACAUACUUAUAAUUCUUCUUCAACAAACUCAACAGCAUUUUCUCAACCGCCAACUCGUCCAAUGUAUCCUGCACCAUCAUCUGCUUAUCGUCCGCAAGUACCACAACCCAUUCCACAAACAAUGAAUCAAAAUACUCAUCCAUUACCUCCACCACCUCCAACUUCAGCAUCAUCUUCUACUUAUCCCUAUCCACAACAGAAUUACACUUCAAAUCCUCCUGUCGCUGGAUAUCCAGGACAACCAUCUGUAGCUCCACAACCGAUGCAUUAUUCAAUGGGUGGAAGUACAGCUGCUGCUAUGACUCAACCGCAUAAUAAUCUUCAUGGUCCUCCUUCUAAUAAUGAUAUGGUUGAUCUACUAAAAGAAACGGAUGUGGUCAGUCCAUAUGCCGAAGAACCACCUAUGUCACUAUUACUUAGUGAAGAAAAUCAACAAAUGAAUUGUAAUCCAGAAGUCAUGCGAUGCAGUUUAAAUGUUAUUCCUCAAACAAAAGAUUUACUCAAUAAAAGUCGUCUUCCACUUGGUGUACUCAUUCAUCCAUUUAAAGAUCUUGAAAGUUUAAGUGUUAUUCAAGGCUCAAAGAUUGUUCGAUGUGAUUCAUGUAAAAGUUAUAUUAAUCCAUUUGUUUCAUUUCUUGAUAAUACACGAUGGCGUUGUAGUAUAUGUUUUCGUGUUAAUGAUUUACCACAAGAAUUUCUAUUUGAUCCAGUAACAAAAACUUAUGGUGAUCCAAGUCGACGACCAGAAGUUCGAUUUGGUACUGUAGAAUAUACAGCCACAGCUGAUUAUAUGGCAAGACCACCACAACCAGCUAUGUAUUUAUUUUUACUAGAUGUUUCACAUAAUGCUAUACAAACAGGUUAUCUUCAAUCAUUUUGUGAUAUACUAUCAGAAAAUUUAAAUAGUCUACCAGGUGAUGCACGUACAAAAAUUGGUUUUAUAACAUAUGAUAGUCGACUACAUUAUUAUGAUUUAUCUGAUCGAUCAAAUGGUACAUUUCGUGUCAUGAUUGUACCUGAUCUUGAUAAUAAACCUGAAGAUUUUCUUCCUAUGCCAGAUGGUUUACUAGUAACAUUAUGUGAAUGUAAAUCAAUAGUUGAAACAUUUCUUAAUGAAUUACCAAAACUCUAUCAAGAUAAUAAUGAAACAGACUCAGCUUUGGGUUCUGCUUUACAAAUAGCAGCAAAAUUACUUGGUCAAACUGGUGGUCGUGUAACAGUCAUGCAAACAAGAAUACCAAAUUUAAAUCCUGGAGCUUUAAAUGAAUCAGUUAGUGGAGGAAAAGAACCAACAGUAAUUGGACCAACUUCAGAUUAUUAUAAGAAACUUUCACUUGAUUAUGCAUCAUUACAAAUAGCAUGCGAUUUAUUUCUUUUAAAUAGUCAUCAUAUUGAUUUAGCAACAUUGAGUUGUAUUGCAAAAUAUUCAGGUGGUGAAGUUAAAUAUUAUCCAGGUUUUCAUUCAGUUCAAAAACCACAUGAAGUUGAACGUUUUGAAAAUGAUUUAAGACGAUAUUUACAAAGAAAAAUUGGUUUUGAAGCUGUCAUGCGUUUACGAUCACCACCAGCAUUAUCAAUUCAUACAUUUUAUGGAAGUGGUUUUGUUCGCUCAGUUGAUUUACUUGUUUUACCUAAUAUAAAUCCUGAUGCUGCAUUUGGUAUCCAGGUUUCUAUUGAAGAUACUUUAGCAAGUUAUACAUCAGUUACAUUUCAAGUAGCACUUCUUUAUACAUCAAGCAAAAGUGAAAGACGUAUUCGAGUACAUACUCUUUCUUUACCAGUUAGUUCUAGUCUAACUGAAAUAUGUGGAAAUGCUGAUCAAGAAGCUAUUACUUCAUUAGUUGCUAAAAUGGCUGCCGAACGAUCAAUGACUUCAUCAAUAUAUGAAGCACGUGAUGCUAUGUCUAAUGUUUCUUGUGAUAUUCUCAAAGCAUGUUUAUCAAAUAACAUAUCUAAUCGAGCAUUUUCACUUUUGGUACCCUAUUCUUUACGACUUAUACCUUUAUAUAUGUUAAGUAUGAUUAAAUCGACGGCAUUUCGAGCUGGUAGUGCAUCAAGAAUUGAUGAUAGAGCAUUUUAUUUAGAAUUAUGUAAAACAUUACCUACACAGUAUUUAAUGCAAAUAUUUUAUCCUGAUCUUUAUCCAUUACAUACAAUUGAAGAUAAGAGUCAAAUUAUUCAAGAUGGUGAAGAUGAAUUACAUAUACCUCAACGUGUUCAUUUAUCAUUUCGAAAUAUUGAUUCUCAUGGUGCUUAUAUCCUAGAUACAAGUGAAUAUAUUUAUAUUUAUAUUGGUAAAGCUGUCAGUGAUCAUUUUGUUCAAAAUGUAUUUAAUGUUCAAACAUUUUCUGCUUUACCAUUUGAUUCGUAUUCAUUACCUGAAUUAGAAAAUCCAUUAUCAAUGAAAAUACAUAAUUUUCUAUCUUAUCUUAUACAAAGUCGGCCACAUGGCGUAGCAAUACAUAUAAUGCGAGAAGAUUCAUCUCAUCGACAUUUAUUUACUCGUUAUCUUGUUGAUGAUAAAUCUGAAUCAACCAUGUCUUAUGUGGAAUUUUUACGUUAUAUACGAGAACAGAUAGUUAAAUGA